UGUAGUAUUAACAGAGAUGGUAUGGGAACCACAGACAUGCAACAUUUUUAGGUUAAAAUGUUUUUAUCCCAAAUAUUUCGGAUAAUCUAAGUUAAAUGCCCAAAAAAAGCGAACAAAUGUCUGCCAGCUACUAUUUCGUAAUUGUAGGCCACCGAGAUAAUCCUAUCUUCGAAGUGGAAUUCACUAAUGUGAAGGAGCCGAAGAAGGAAGAUCAUAGACAUUUAAACCAAUUCAUCGCGCACGCCGCCCUAGAUUUAAUAGACGAGCACAAAUGGAAGACACACAACAUGUAUUUGAAGUCGGUCGACAAAUUCAACCAAUGGUUUGUUUCAGCGUUUAUAACGGCCAGCCACAUACGUUUCGUGAUGGUGCACGAUAACAAGAACGAGGAUGGCAUUAAGAACUUUUUUAAUGACAUUUACGAAUUGUAUAUUAAGCAUUCCAUGAAUCCGUUUUAUGAGGAAGAUAAACCAAUCAAGUCGAGCGUGUUUGAGAAGAAGGCACAGUUUUAUGGCAAGAAAUACUUGUCGUGCUAGUAGUUUUAUUAUUAUAGUAAUUGUAUUGUAUUGCACGUUUAGGUAAAUAAAUGAAAAACACUU